UGCCGUGCCCGGCAGCUUCAAGUUCGACUUCGAGUUCAGCAUUAUAUUUCUUAGGAUUGUGAAUUGCUGCGAGUUUGAUGAGCUUCAUGCGCGCUUUUGCUGCAAAGAAAUUUAGGUGCUAUUAAGCAUUGCUAUGGAAGAGUUGGAGUGGUGGAUUGUGAGCUAGCUAGGGUUUUUGUGGAUUUGGAUUUGGGGAUUGCCCGUGCAAAUGUUCCAUUCUUCGAUGGGUUCCUGGUUGCAAGAACUUUGGCUGCUGCGUCGAUUGUUGCUAAUGCCGAACGGAAUUCCAUCGCUUCACGAUGAAAAUUCUGCUUAACCGAGGUUUCUGGAAGAGCAUGGGUUUCAUAAUGUCACAUCUUACCUCGAAACCUUAAAGAAUCCUCAAUGGUUCGAGGUUGUAUCGGAAGAGAUAGAACAGGAUAAGAUCAAGAUUGGUCUGAUGCUCAUGGACCGUGUUGGGGAAGAACUCAACAUGCCGGUGAAGAGAAAUCCCGACUGGUUUAAGGUUGUCAGACGUGAGAUUGCCAAUGUAGAAACAAUUAACAUAGGAUUGGUGAACAUCGACGGAGUGAGAAUACACGAGGCUGAUCUUGACUUGAAAGUGAAUGUAGUUAAGGUUCAUUUCACCCCAAUCAGAUACAACGAAAUCCCUUGGUCCGAGUUGUCCCCCGAAAGGAUGGAUGAAUCCUCGAAUUGCCCUGACAUCCCGAUGCCAAGGUUCGUAGAUUAUGAAAACCUCGAUGCUGUGGUCGCAAGGGUUCCGCGUCGGGAAUGUAAACAUGGCGUUAUGCGGGAUGUCUCCCGGCUGCAAGUGAACCUAGUGGUGGCUAAUUUACUCGCUAGAAGUCGGGGGAAGGAUGAUCGAGAUAGGCCAGUAUUCGCUGUGUUUUUCGAUUCCUGCGAUCCCAUGAUGGAGAUUUUCCGAUGUCAAGACAUGCUGUGGCAUUUCGGAAACUCGUGGGUUUAUAAACCCGAGUUAGCCCGAAUCAAGGAGCUGUUGCUCAUGCCUGUCGGGCCAUGCCAGUUUGUCCCUCCGUUUUCCCGUCCCGGUAAGACGAUUGAUACCGCUUUCAAGUUAAAAGAAUCGACAAGACAAAGACAGGCAUAUGUGACGAUCCUCCACACCUCCGAAGACUACGUCUGCGGCGCCAUCGUCUUGGCCCAAAGUAUCAUCCAAUCCAACUCGACAAAAGACCUAAUCCUCCUAGUCGACAGCAACAUUUCUCUGCGAUCAAUCGAUGGCCUCCGAGCAGCCGGAUGGAAGAUCCGGCGCAUCGAGCGAAUCCGCAGCCCGUACUCGAGGAAGGACGCGUACAACGAGUGGAACUACAGUAAGCUCCGGAUAUGGCAGUUGAAGCAAUACGAUAAAAUCGUAUUCAUCGACGCUGACUUGAUAGCGAACCGGAAUCUGGAUAGUAUGUUUCUCUACCCGGAGCUGACGGCCGCCGGUAAUUACCAGCGGCACCUCUUCAAUUCCGGGCUGAUGGUGGUCGAGCCGUCGGAAUGCACAUUCCGAACCUUGCUUCGGAAGAUGAAAGUGGUGGAGUCGUACAAUGGCGGCGACCAGGGGUUCUUGAACGAGAUGUUCGCAUGGUGGCACCGCCUGCCGGCACGGAUGAAUUACCUGAAGGUGUUUGUCGAUCCGGAGGAUGAUCAGCACUGGAUCGACGGGGAUGAUGUUUUUGCGGUGCACUACACUGGGCUGAAGCCAUGGAAGUGUGGGGACGAGGGGCGCGACUGCAAUUGGGAGUCGCCGGUAUUCGAGCGAUACGCGAGCGAUUCCGGGCAUAGAAUGUGGUGGAAGGUUUACAGAAGGAUGCCUGAGGAACUGAGGGAGUUUUGUGAGUUGCAGAAUGGUGAUUCUUCUUCUUCUACUACUUCUGCAAGUAUGUAAUGUUAAGAAAUAUAUGUUGGAUACGUGUAUAAUAUAAGUUUAUCUGGUCAAAUCACGAAGAGGAUCUGAAUUUUAGUUAGUUGCAAUGGACGUAAGAUGAUCUUGUCUGAUUUGGUCUUCCUUUGUAGUUUGCAUAUCAUAUGCUAUGCUUUCUGUAUUAAAGGAAACGUUAG